GCAAAAUGCAAUUAACCUAGCCCUCUAUCUUAUUUUUCUUUUCCUCUUAUUUAUUUGUUCUUUAUUUUUUCACUACCACUCGCUGCUCAGAGGUGUUGAUUUAGACAGCUAGGGCCACAAGCAGAUACAUGGAAGAAUACACCACAGCCCUUUCCUGCUCAUAUCUUUCACCAUGAAUGUUUCCUCUGAAACCGUGGUGUUCCUCUUUCUUUGGACUCCAUGGAUAGUUACCUGGGAUAGUUUUUCUCCAGUUUUAGUCUAUUUUUUGUUAUACGCAUCACUGCUCGGCCAUGAAUCCACCAGUACUGAUCCCAGGUUGUAAUUUCGGUUGAUAGCUGGAAUGAAAGUUUGGGAAAAAUGCUGGUGGUGUACUCUGUACUAUCGGGUCCGGAUCAUAUCCGUAAUUUCGAUUAAAGGUCCUAUUCGAUCAUUGUUUUAAAAACUACACCAUAAAUAGCCCAGCUAUAUUGCAAGUUGACACGCAAGACGUAGCCUUUCACAUAAAUAACGUUAGCAGCACAACCUUAAAAAUAAGCAUAACCAAUGGCCCCGCACAUAGCCUGGCUGAAUCAGCAAUCAUGUGAUCAAGUUCAAAGUUGGGCAACCAAGAGACGAAAUUGGCAACCAUCGACAUCACAGGGAGUACGGCUGUGAUCUCGCUAUCAACGUAUGCGUAGACACUUUUUGAAACCUCGUCGCUGGGCAUCCAUCCCAAGCCCAAUAUGGACCCGAUCUUGCCGUCUGACUGCGAUUAAGGGGAAUCAGCCUUGCAGGCCAAGCCAUUUGAAAGUCUGGGACAAGCCAGGACUGAGGCGAUGGCAGAGUGCCUGCUCUGUGCUUGAUGAGCCAUCACCGACCAUUUAUGCCCUGUCAACAGCUCCGGGUCGAGCGGCCAUUGCGAUUGUUCGAAUAUCCGGGCCAGCUUGUGUUCAGAUCUAUAACGCUCUCUGCCCCAAAAGUCCGCUCCCAGAACCUCGAGUUGCCGCCCUUCGCACCCUCUUCGACCCUUCCGUUCCUCCUUCUGUCAACAGUAUCCUUGACAGAGCGGUUGUGCUACAUUUCCCGGCCCCAAAAACCGUCACGGGAGAGGAUGUCCUUGAAUUGCACAUCCAUGGCGGACCCGCCGUGGUAAAAGCUGUUCUCAAUGCAAUUCCCCGAUGCGCGGAAUCUGCUUCUAGUGACAAAUUUGCACCAUCUUCCAUCCGAUACGCCGAACCCGGUGAAUUCACCCGUCGUGCAUUCCUCAACGACCGUCUAUCUUUACCUCAAAUCGAAGCUCUAGGAAAUACUCUUUCUGCGGAAACCGAGCAUCAGCGCCGUUUGGCCAUUCGAGGAACCAACGAUUCUCUUGCCGUUAGAUACGAACGUUGGCGUCAGCAGCUACUUUAUACCCGUGGAGAAAUGGAGGCACUGAUCGACUUUUCAGAAGACCAGCAUUUCGACGAGUCAACCGAAGAGUUUGUGUCUUCUAUUACAGGAGAAACUCGCAAUCUGGUUCGACAAAUUAACAUGCACAUUGAAAACGCUUCCAAGGGAGAAUUAUUGCGGAAUGGGAUCAAAGUUGCGCUUCUCGGGGCUCCCAACGCUGGUAAGAGCUCGCUAUUGAACAGAAUUGUUGGGAGAGAAGCGGCUAUUGUGAGCAGUGAGGAAGGUACUACAAGGGAUAUUGUGGAUGUCGGUGUCGAUCUCGGUGGCUAUUUCUGCAAGUUUGGGGAUAUGGCCGGAUUACGAUCUGGCCACAUAGCCCAGGCUGGCCAGAUGCCCAUCGGUGCAGUGGAGCAAGAAGGUAUUCGAAGAGCCAAGGCACGUGCACUGGAAUCGGACGUUGUUAUUGUGGUUCUUUCAUUAGAGGAAGGUGAUAGCGGAAGGGGCGUGAAGUUGGUCCUCGAGCCGGAGGUUAUUGACGCCGUUCAAAGCUGCAUAGCCCUCGAAAAGCACAUGAUUGUGGCAGUUAACAAGUUCGACAAAUACACUCCAGCCACGAAUACGGAUGGAACAGCACAAGGGCUUGUCAAUAGCUUGGCUGGGGAGAUCACAUCCCUGGUGCCCCACAUUGUCCAAGAUCAGAUCUUCCUAAUUUCUUGUAGGGAGGCCGAGAACGAGCAAUCCGAAACGGCCGAUCCCGGCAAUAUCCAAACCCUACUUAAGGAACUAAUUCGCACAUUUAAAAGGAUGUCGACACCAUCUGAAUUGGAAAAUGGAAAUGACAAAUUUGAUAAAUUAUAUUGGGAAGACUCAUUGGGAGUCACGCAUCGUCAAAGUUCUAAUUUACAAAAAUGUGUCCAGCACUUAAACGACUUUCUAUCCCAAACAUGCCAAACUCCUGAUAAUGCUGGAAACGCUGAACAAAUUGAGCUGAACAUCGACAUCGUAACAGCGGCAGAACAUCUUAGGUUCGCGGCCGAUUGUCUGGCGAAAAUUACCGGUCGUGGCGAGAGCGGGGACGUGGAGGAUGUCUUAGGCGUCGUAUUCGAAAAGUUCUGUGUCGGCAAAUGAGUGUAGAUUUUAGUCCCGUCGAACAAAUCUAAGAACAGCAAAUAGCCCGUAAUCGAAACUCCGUCGUGGCGUCGUAAAGCAAGGCACUCUCACUUGCUGUCCUGCCCUGCGCUUCCGCUCCCUUCUUAAUACCCUCUCGUCGCAGAUUCGAAAUGAGUCACGCCGUCCUCUCCCUUCCUUCUCCCCAUUUGGCUAUGAAUCGUCGCUAUCUCCAUCGUUGACAUCAUUGUAACCUCCCCGUCCUUGCAAAUAUAAUGACAUACUCGUUGAGGGUACAGUUCGCUCGUUGGGACAGUUAUAGCCACCACGUCCCAUCGGUGCUUGCAUUCGGAUAGAGCGAUGGCUGCGCGCAAGGUUGCGCGUGUUUUGCUUCAGAUCUACGGGUCGGUUGCUUUGGGGCUGAGAUUGAGCUAUUCGAUUCCGUCGUGGAUUCGCCGAGCUAGUUUUAAAUUAUACUUGUUGCUUCAGUUGUAACCUCCGCGGCCCAUGUGGUGGAUUUCUGUAGUUAUGAUUCUGUCUUUCUUUUGGCGUUUGUCCUGAUAGAUGUGAUAAAAAUAUCGAUAAAGGGGUCUCGAGGUGAAAUCAGACAAAAAAAGUAUUAUAAAGUAGGACGCAAAGUUUAAAAGGAAGAUAUGAACUAUUAUAUAUCUUGGUGAACGAAAGAAUUCGAAAAUGAAAUUAAAAAUGGGCUUAUAUGUGAAGAAAGAAAACGAAGUUAGCAGGCAGAAAGGAAGAAAUCAUCGCAAUAUAUAUAGCCCCAUUUCAUUUAUUCAAGAUUCCUGCCUAGCCACACAUAAACGCCAAAUGAGAGAUACAGAUCGAUACAACGGAUACCUGGGUCUUGAGGUAUCCAUUUCAUUUACUCGUUAUGACUAAUAUGUAAUAAUCCUAGUCAGUAGGCAUCCGAGAGGAUAUAAAAAUAAAAUGUGUGAUACAACGAAAACAGCCACAAAACGAGUCCAGAAACAGCCGAACAAAAAACUAUAAAAAAACAAAGGUUGUAAACGAAACUGAUUGGAAAUUUCGAAAUCACCUAAGUUAAAAGGGUUUCCCAACAACAAACGAACAAGCCGCAUCCCCCCAUCCAUGCAACACCAAGUCAUGGAACACCGUUUCCCUCAGCAGGUACGGUGCACUGCGCACAAGAGAGACAAUACAAAAACGUGUAUUAUGCGGGCCGGAAUCGAUGGGUUAGGAAAUAUUCUGGCCUGCAUGCAAGCCACGAUUCAGACCCUCUUUUGGGGCUUAUGUGCUCCACUGGAGCGCCCCAAUUUUCCUGCCUGCUGAAAGCACUGUUCUUUUCCUGUUCAUUGAUGAGGCUAAGGACGCUAGUCUAGGAUUAUGAGGAUCCUGGUAGGGUAGGGGAGCGUCGGAAAAACGACGAAGCUAAGCCUUAGAGGCCGAGUCACGUCGGCAAUUCCAGGCGGUUGGGUUGGCACCUGGUCAGUGAAUAAUUCACGAUGGGGCAUGGAUGAUUUGGGGGAGUGGCCUUGAUGAUGU